AAGAAACAAUCGAUUAACAUGUAACACGUGCUCAUUGGACUCACGAUAGAGGCGACAGAGACUCAAGUUGAUUAUUUAGUGCCCAAAUAUCAUAAAAAAACGAAAAUUACCUUCGAUAAGCUAUUUCACAUCCACUUAUCAAGUACUCAACGAUCUUGAGAAAUUUAUUUGUUUGCCAUUGCGUUCCCGAGUGGAAGACUCUCAGUAGGAUUCGAGGUUUCACACGAUGAAGAACUACCGGCUUGUUGUCUUGGUUCUGGGAGUUUUGGCUCUUUCCCACCAAGUUAGAAGUUUUCACGAGGAUGAGGAUUACGAUGAAGAGGAAGAUUCCAGAAUGCAUCCUGAUCUUCCAAAUGAUACUCCCUUCAACAAUAAAGCCAUCCUUCCAGAAGAACUAGAAACCGAGUUUUGGAUGAAGAAUGCAAGGGACACCCUGACUGAGAAGGUUAACACCUUCACCCAAUUAAAUACUAAUGUUGCCAAAAAUGUGAUCUUUUUCAUCGGAGAUGGUAUGUCAUUCCAAACGGUUGCAGCUGCAAGGAUGCAUAGUGGCAACGAGAAUGCUAAGCUGUCGUUUGAGAAGUUCCCCUACUUCGGAAUGGCGAAGACUUACUGCGUUAACAGACAGGUAUCCGACUCAGCCUGCACUGCAACGGCCUUUCUCAGUGGGGUAAAGGCAAACUACGGCACGAUUGGUCUCGAUGCCGGUAUUUCACGCUACGACUGCGAAGGUCAAGCUGACAAAGCCCAUCAAACAACGGGAAUAGGACAGUGGUCCUUGGAUGCUUGCAAAGGUGUUGGACUAGUUACAACAACUAGGAUCACUCAUGCAACUCCAGCCGGCCUCUUUGCUCACGUUGCUGAUCGUUACUGGGAAAAUGACGCUGAAGUAGUGGAUGAUGAUUGUGAUCCUGAAACCACCCAUGACAUCGCUGAGCAAUUAGUUCGAGGUGAAGUUGGUAGCAGGCUCAAAGUCAUCCUAGGCGGAGGACGAAGUUACUUCCUCGAUCAAAGUGUCGUGGACGAAGAAGGAGCUCGAGGCUUACGUCAGGAUGGACAGAACCUCAUCGAGGAGUGGAAGACUGAGAGGGCAAAGGAAGGAACUGCUAACUAUGUGUCGCGGAAGAGUGAACUUCUAGGACUCAAUGUCACCGAAACUGACUAUUUGCUAGGACUCUUCGAGGGUGCCCAUAUGAAGUAUCACAGGGAUGCUCUGUCUGAUCCAGAGGAACCUACGCUUAGUGAAAUGGUGGCUACUGCAAUCAAGAUGCUACAAAAAGAGGAGAAGGGAUACUUCCUAUUCGUCGAAGGAGGGAAAAUCGAUGUAGCUCAUCAUGAAUCUUGGACCAGGCGUGCAUUGGAUGAGACCGUUGAGUUUUCAAACGCUAUUCAAUUGGCCAGGGAAAUGACCAGCGAAGACGAUACUCUGAUUGUUGUGUCUGCUGAUCAUGGUCACACGCUAACGUAUGCAGGAUACCCGUCCCGCGGAGCUGAUAUCCUGGGCAUUGCGCAGAACAGUAACAUGGACAGAAUGCCGUUCACGAUAAUGAGCUACGCUAAUGGCAGAGGCUACUACAACACCUACAACGAACAAGGAGAUCAACGCCUCAACAUUUCCGGAUUGUAUGACUUUUCUGAUCCGGAAAUGAGAUAUUUUGCCACAGUUCCCCUGAAUACGGAAAGCCACGGUGGAGACGACGUUGGUGUCUACGCGUCAGGACCAUGGGCUCAUCUCUUCGUAGGCCAAUACGAGCAAAACAUUCUGCCCAUAGCCAUGGCCUACGCUGCUCAAAUCGGAACCUACGGAAGCGAAACUGAAUGCAGUGGAAGUGGAUCAAUUGCAAUUCAUUUAGGAAUCAUCGCACUGGUUGCAGUUUACUUCCUGCUCCGCCAACUCCGACAAUGAAACCCUUUCAAAAUUAACUCAAAGAAAAGCCAUUUUCGUUCAUUAAACUCUGUUUAUUUCUUGUAAUUAAGACCUAUGAAUUGAUAAAUUCACAAACUCUAAUUAAAA